AUGGGCGAGCCCAGCAGAGCUGGGGUGUGGCCGGAGGCCCUGGAGCCCUCAGGGGUCCCAGAGCCCUCAAGGGGUCCAGAUCCCCUGGGGGUCACCGAGCCCUCAGGGGUCCCAAAGCCAUUGGAGGUCUUGGGGGCCCCGGAGCCCCCGGGGGUCCCGCAGCCCUCGGGGGUCCCGGGGGUCCUGCAGCCCACGCCGCCCCCUGAGGUGCUGGAGGGGCUCCUGAGCCAGCGCUUUGGGCCUCUGCCCCAGCCGGCCACCAUUGCCCGCCUGCGGCGUGGCCCCGCCGGGGGCUACGAGCCCACAGGCGACCCGGUCGAGGUGCUGGAGCGGCGGCAGGCGGCCAAUGCCAAGGAGAGGGAGAGGAUCCGGAACCUCAACAGUGGCUUCUCCCAGCUGCGGACCCUGGUGCCGCUGGUGCCGCGGGACCGCCGGCCCAGCAAGGCAGACACGCUGCGGGCGGCGGCGCAGUACAUCCGCCUGCUGCGGGGGGUGCUGCGGGACUGCCAGGUUUUUCCUGACGCCCCAAGAAGCCCGGUGGGGGGCCUGGAGGGGGGGGAUCUCCCCCAAAGGCCGAGUUCAAGGCUCCAGCCCCCAUUUUUGGGGUCACGCUCCUGUCCUGGAACCCUGCACCCCAUGAAACCCUCACCCCAAAACUGGGGGGGGGCAGGAGGCUUGCCACCCCUAAAACGCAGAGGCUGGGGGGGGCAGAGCUGUAAUUAAUUUCUUUAUGAAAUUGUAAUUAGUAAUUAGCUCCUCCCCCCCCAAGGUAAGGGCUUAUUGAUGAUUGUUAAUAUGAACCCAGUUAAUUGCACA